UCGCCGCUCCAGCGCACGGGCUCGCGCCUCAAGAGCGUCUCGCGCGGUCUGCGCCGCGCAUCGCUGCGCGUCGUGAAUCUCGCCGGCCGGGGCCUCGACGACCACACGCGCCUCGCAGACGGGGACGUGCGCGUCGAAAAGGGCGGCGGCGUCGACGACGAGGGAGACGACGCGGGCGUAGGUGCGGGUGCGGUGGACGGGGCGGGGGUGCCCGAUUUAAGGAGGGGGAUGCCGAUUCGCGGGCGCACUCUGGGGUGCUUUGGCCCGAGGAGCGCGGUGCGGCUCGCGAUGUUCCGCUUCCUGGUGUACCCGUGGACGGAGCCCGCGAUCCUGUGCCUGAUCGUGUUCAACGCCGUCGUGCUCACGCUGCAGGCGUCGCACACGCUCACGCUCGACGCGGGCGCGGGUGCGAGCGCGGCGCCGGCCGCCGUGCGCGGGUACUUCCACGCGUGGGAGGACUACGCGCUCUUCGUGCUCUUCGUGCUCUUCACCCUCGAGGCCUUUGCGCGCAUCUGCGUCACAGGGCUCAUCCUCGACCCCGAAAUCCCGCUCUCGCUCCUCUUCACCCCAGCACACCCAGACCCCGCCGCCGCCGCUCCUGCCCCUACCUCCGGCAACGGCGCCGACGCCCCGCUCCAGCGCGCGCACUCCCAGAGCCAGAACCCGCACUCGAGCCACGCGACGCCGUCCGGGUCGCGCGUGGUUCGCGCGCGCUCGGAUACGGCGGGGUCGACGACGCCGAUCAUGGAAAAGGCUCACGCGCAUGCGCACACGGCCUCGCAGCCCUUUCGCGUGCCCCCCACGAGCACCGGCGCGAGCGCGAGCGGGGGGCUGGCGCUGCCGUUCCGGUUCAGCGUGGCGCGGGCGCAGGCGAUGACGGUGCGGAACGUGCCGUACCUGCGGCACAGCUGGUCGCGGCUGGACUGCGUCGCGCUGGUCGGCUUCUGGGUCGCGUUCGCGCUCGCGCAGGCGGGGGCGGAGCGCGGGCCUGGGGGCACGCAUGUUGGGCUGUUUAGGGCGCUGAGCGUGUUGCGCCUCGCGAGGCUGCUGGCGAUCACUUCUGGGACUACGACGAUUAUGCGGUCGUUGAAGAUUGCGAGGCCGCUGUUGACGAGCGUGCUGUACUUUGUGUUGUUCGCGAUGGCGCUGUUCUCGAUCAUCGGCGUGCAGUCGUUCAGCGGAUCGUUCCGGCGUUCGUGCUACCUCCUGCCGACGCUCGGGCAGGACGAGAUCCAGCUCGACCAGCAGUGUGGCGGGUACGUCGAUUCGGGGACGCUCGCGGCCACGGGGUACGUCGCGCUCGACGGGACGCCGCAGGAGGCCAAGGGAUACAUAUGCCCGCUCGGGCAGGUGUGCAAGGAGGAGCAGAAUCCGUACGAGAAUAUCGAGAGCUUCGAUACGAUUUAUUUUUCGGCGCUGCAGGUCGUCAUCGUGGCGUCUGCCAACGGGUGGUCGCCGAUGAUGUACUCGAUGAUCGACUCGGAGUUCUUCGUCUCGUGCUUCUUCUUCAUCGUCUGCAUCGUCGUGCUCAAUUUUUGGCUCAUCAACCUCUUCGUGGCCGUGAUCACCAACACGUUCUCCGCCAUUCGCGAGGAGACGCAGAAGAGCGCGUUCGGCGCCGCCCCGCUGCAGCCCAUCGUGGACGCGCGCGACGAGACGUGGGCGAUGGUCGACGGCCGGUACGUGAAGCACAACCGCGUGCGCGAGAUGUACGAGCACAUCCGGUGGUGCUGGGUCGCGCUCGCGCUCGCGUCGCUCGUGCUGCAGGCGACGCGCGAGGUCGGCAUCUCACCGACGCACGCGGCGAUCCUCGACAACGGUGAGCUCGUGCUCACGAUCGCGUUCGACGUCGAGAUCGCGGUGCGCGUCGCGGCGCACCUGCCCGACUGGCGCGCGUUCUUCCGCAAGGGCACCAACUGGCUCGACCUCGUGCUCGCGCUCGGCUCGUCCGUCAUUCAGGUCCCCGCGGUGCACAACUCGCCGGUGUACCCCUGGCUCACCAUCUUCCAGCUCAUGCGCUUCUACCGCGUCAUACUCGAGAUCCCGCGCAUGAAGCCGCUCCUGCUCUCGGUGUUCGGCAACAUGUACGGCCUCGCAAACAUGACGCUCUUCCUCAUCCUCGUCAACUUCCUCGCCGCGCUCGUCGCGGUGCAGAUCCUGCGCGGCGACCUGGGCGCGGACGAGACGAUGAACUUUGGGCAGAUCUUCACUGCCUUUCUGGCGAUGUACCAGGUGUUCUCGUCCGAGAACUGGACCCAGGUGCUCUACAGCUCCGCCACGGCCGAGGUCCCGCUCGGCCAGUCCGCCAUCACGGUGCUCUUCAUCAGCGCCUGGUUCUUCUUCGCGAACUUCAUCGUGUUGCAGAUGUUCAUCGCCGUCAUCAACGAGAACUUCAACGUCGCCGAAGAGUCGAAGCGCGGGCAGCAGGCGAAUCACUACUGGGCCGCGCAGCAGCCGCAAAAGGCAAAAGCGACGUGGAUGCGCAAGUUCAACCCGUACAGGUGGUUCAAGGCCUCGCCCAAGGCCAUCGUCGUCGAGAACCUGCCGUCCAGCCUCGUCCUGCCGAUGCAAAAGGCCCUCGUGCUGGACUAUGGCCUGCCGAGCCAGGAUCGGCGCCCCAACGCGGUAUAUUUGCUGCUUUGUUGCUUUUCUGGCGCGCGCGCGCGCUGGCUCAUGGUUUUGAAUGACAGGUUCGGCCGGCGGACGGGCGCAGGCGCCCGCAUCAACAACGAGGUGGCAGCGGUCGAGGACGCGAGCGACGCGUUCUACGAGCGCCGGGCGCAAAAGGCGGACUUCAUCCGGGACCACCCGUCUUUCGACAAGACGUUCUGGCUCUUCUCGCAGAAGAACGCGUUCCGCCGGCUUUGCCAGAGGCUGGUCCGCCCUGCCAACGGGGACCGCAUCUUCGGACGGCCGCCGGCGCCCAUCCCGCACACCAUGUUUCAGUUCGUGCUGCUGCUGACCGUGAUCGGCGGUAUCGUCACGGAGGCGAUCGCCACCCCAAUUUACCGCCGCAACUUUUAUAUGCAGCACGGCCUCCUGCGCGGGUCGUGGUUCGACAUCGCGGAGGCCGUCUUUGGGCUGAUGCUCGUCGUCGAGUUCCUCAUCAAGGUCGUCGCGGACGGGUUCUUGUUCACGCCCAACGCGUACAUCCGCAGCAUAUGGAACGUGCUCGACUUUUUCAUCAUGCUUGGCCUGCUCGUCAACGUGACGACGGGGCUCAUCUUCAUCGGCGGCCUCAGCCGCUUCACACGCGCGCUCAAGGCCCUGCGCGCGCUGCGCCUGAUCACGCUCAUCGAGAAGAUGCGCACGACGUUCGAAUCGCUCAUCAUCUCCGGCGUCACCCGUAUCCUCGACGCCGCGCUGCUCGCCAUCCUGUACAUGAUCCCUUACGCCGUCUGGGGCCUCAACAUCUUCGCCGGCCACACGAACACGUGCAACGACACCUCGGUCGGCGGCACGCGCGACUGCGUGAACGAGUUCACGAACAGCGUCGUCGGGGACGACGGGACGGCGUUUCUGUUCCCGGUCCCGCGCGUGUGGGCAAACCCGUCGCCGUCGACGACGUUCUCGUUCGAUAGCUUUCGCUCGUCCCUCCUCAUCUUGUUCGAGAUCGUCUCACUCGAGGGCUGGACGGACGUCAUGGGCGUCGCGACUAGCAUCACCGGGUUUGGGAUGCAGCCGCAGACCAACGCGUCCCAGGUCAACGCCAUCUUCUUCCUCGUGUACAACUUGCUCGGUGCCGUCGUCAUCUUGACGCUCUUCGUCAGCAUCAUCAUCGGCAAUUUCAGCUCUAAGACGGGCACCGCGUUCCUCACGCAGCCCCAGCGGGAGUGGAUCGACCUGCAAAAGCUGAUCAAGCGGCAGAAGCCGUCCAAGCGGCCCAAAGUGAGGCCGCGCUGGCCCGUGCGGGCUUGGUGUUUCGACCGCGCCGUGCGCAAGCACGGCUGGUGGUCCCGCAUGAUGACCGUGCUGUUCGCCGUCCACAUCAUUGCUCUCAUGACCCAGACGUUCAAGCCCCAGCGCUUUGCCGACCAGCUGCGCAGCGAUUUCUUCAUGUUCAUCACGUCCGUGUACGUGCUGGACAUCCUCGUGCGCCUGUACGGGCUUGGGUGGUCCAGCUUCCGGGCGAACGGCUGGAAUAUAUUCGACAUCAUUGUGGCCAGCGGCAGUCUUAUCACGACCGUCUCCGUCCGCGUGGGCGCGAGCGGGUACGUGCUCGAUCAGCUGCAGAAGCUGUUCCUCGUCAGCAUCGCGUUCAAGCUGAUCCAGCGCAUGAAUAACCUCAACAAGCUGUUCAAGACCGCAGUGUCGAGCUUGCCCGUCAUCCUGAGCCUGCUUUCGCUCUGGAUCACGUUCUUCUUGUUCUUCGGGAUCCUGUUCGUGGAGAUCUUCAGCUUGACCAAGUGGCAGUCUGCCGAGACACGGAACCAGAACUACACGACGCUGGGCACCGCCCUCGUCAUGUUGGCGUUCAUGACCGCAGGGGAGGGGUGGAAUCAAUAUAUGCACGACUAUGCGCUGGUGUAUCCGAGGUGCACCAACGCCUCGGCUAGUGACCCAGAUUCCGAUUGCGGCAGCGUCGGGUGGGCAUUCACCCUCUUCAUAGCGUGGAAUCUCCUGAGCAUGUACAUCUUCGUCAACAUGUUUACUGGUGUUGUCGUCGAGAACUUUUCAUACGUGUUCCAGAUGACCGGGGGGACAAAGGCGGUGACGCGAGAGGAGAUGCGCGCGUUCAAGAAGGUCUGGGCUGAAUUUGCGAACCCGAGAACGGGCUUUCUCGAGCGCCACCGCUUCGUUCCCUUCUUCGCCCGGCUCAGCGGCAUCUUCGAAGUGCGGAUAUACCCCGUGGAAUACAGCGUCCCAAAUAUUCUGAGGACUUUCACGGACGCGGGCGACUCCGACUAUUCCUGGCCCGGCAGGAAAGCUGUCGUCGAGGGCGUUGACCUUGACAACCUCAACAAGACGCUCGGCGCCAUCGACUACGGCGCCAUUCGGAGGCGGCGAAAUCUGUACAGCCGCCUCUACCACGAGGCGAGCAUCUCGCACCACCAAGGAAAGGGCAUCUCGUUCACGGACAUGCUUCUGUUGCUGGCCCAUCACAAGUUGAUCGUGGACAAGGACGCGCUCAUAUUGAAGGACCUAGUCGUCCGAACGGAGACCAACAAGCUCGUCACCGAUCUCGUGAACCUGGACCGCGUGCGGUCCUACCUCAAGUGUAUCACCUAUCGCCGACGCUUUUUGGCCGAGAGGGAGCGUUCGCGGCAGGCGAAGAUGGAGCAAGACAUCCCUGCCAUCAUCGUCGACGACUUUCCCACGACGCCGCCCCAAAGCACCCGUGACAUCACGUCGUACCCCGCCAGUCCCUUUAGCGACCCCGAGUCGCCCGGGCGAUCCCCGGGAGAGGCAACGAGAGACCCCUUCGAUCUGUCGUUCGGAGGUGGCAGCCCUCGCUCGUCCGCGCUUCAUAGAGCGCGCAGGACGAGCGAUGUCAGUAUGCUCUCGACGGACUUGGGCCUCCGUUAUGCGCGCGACUUGUCUCCAUCUCGGGAUUCUUCGUUGAUAGCAGAGGACGACGGGCAGGACGUCCUGGCCGCGGUCCAAAAUUCAUCAUGGGGAGAUUUGAUGUUAGAAGCCGAAGAAGAGGAGCAUAGGCAAUAAACCUGUUGUACCCCCUGCGAUCCAUUCGUUUGCUAUAUCGGACAUUGAGUUUUGUGUUGACUGUACCUAAACCGCAUAUGUACUGCAUUCGUUGUUUUCAGAUAUUUAUCCGAGGAUUCAUAGAAAGUUUCAUGGUGCAAGAUGUAAAAACAGAACAUGAGGACAUGCAAAUGCGCGAAUGGAAGCAUACGGAUCAAAAGACAGACAGAACCUCAAGAUCGCACUACUGCUUGCCCCUCAGCCGCGACGGACGCCAGACGUUCUUCGCAGGUUGGAAACCGUCGUCGUCGGCCUUAGUCUCUUCCUUCUUGGGCUCGUCUUUGGGAAGGGCGGGGGAUGCCGACCGAACAGGGGCAGCGCCAGACUGUUUAGCCUGCUCUCUCGCUCUCCAUCCGCCGCCAUUGGAGACGGCAGGUCGGCUGACUCUUGGUUGACCAGCGGGGCUCUCCGACCGCGGUGGAGGCGUGGCCAUGGAUGCCCGGAUCGGGGUGGGCGGUGCGGCGGACUCGCGACGCCUCCAGGUGUCGGUGGCGACGGGAGUGGCAACAGCCGCUGGCGCCACGCGUCCAGCCGCACGCCGUGCCAUGGCUUCUUCCUCGCGCUGCGCUUGCAAACGCGCCUUUUCGUUUGCGGCUUCCCGCUCCUGUUCCCGCUGUUUGCGAAGGGCUAGUGCCUUUUCCUGCUCUUCGCGCUGCUUGGCCUCUUCAGCGGCUUGAGCGGCCUCCUCCUCUGCGCGCAGUCUCUCCUCCUCCAUCAGACGUUCUUCUUCGAGCCUCUGCUCCUCUUCUUCCUUCUCCCUUCUGAUACGCUCCUGAUUCUCGCGCUCGAUCCGCUCCUCCUCGCGUGCCUUGAGGACAGCCUUGCGCCUCUUAGCCUUCUCCUCCUCGAUCUUAGCCAACGCUGUCUGCCUCCUCUUCUCGAACUCCUCUCCCCUCUUCUGAAGGAUCAGGUCCUUUCGGGCGUUGAACUCGUCCAGCAUACGCGAGAGACGUUUCUUCGUGGCCAAGUCUUGUUGGUGGGCAACCUUGGAGUUUUCGAGGCGAGCGGUUUGUACAGCGUCGAAGGUAGCACGAUCGUUCUCCUGCUGGACCUCAUAAUCCUUGGCGAGGAGAGGACGUUCUUCUUUGCGGUAAGCGCGCUCGAGAUGGUCGAGACGCUUGGCGAUAAUUCGAAGACGUUCCUCGCGGUCCUUCUUCUCCUUCUCCCACUGUUCGACUUGAAGACGCAUGAGAUUGUCCGUGUUGAGGUUCGUGACAUCCUCGAUGUCGACCUUGAGAUUGCCCCUCUCCUUGAGACUCUGAGCCAACUUCAUUGCCUCCUCCAUCCGGAUGUUCUCGAUUUCCCUCUUUGCCUUCUCCUGUUCUCUUCGCCUGACCUCCUCCAGUGCCCUUCUACCCUCCUCCUCACGCUCCCUCCGGCUGAUCUCAGCGCGCCUACUUGCCUCUUCCUUCUCCUUACGGACCGAGAGCUCAGAUAGAAGCUCUCGUCGUCUCGCAACGAGCGCGCGGCGGAGCUGUAGAGCCUUUCGCUCGGUCUGGGCUGCAGCGACCAGAGCCUGCACACGCUCCUGCUGCUCCUCAGGCGUGAGCUGUAGAGCCGGGUCCAGAAUGGCGAGGGAGUUGUGAAGACUAGUAGCAAUGGUACUCAAACGUGUUCGCACGAGCGUGGAUGCAGACGCUUGAAUGGCUUUCUCGUGCGCAGCCGACGUCGAGGGCGCAUCUUCGUAGGCAAAGGCGUCAUCGACAAAUUCAAGGCUGCCUGCAGCGUGAUCAAUGCGGACAUUCAGCUCGCCAACCCGCGCGCAUCCCAUGAUGUAGGCCUCGACUCGUUCCUCCUGGUAAACCGUGGCGUCGCCGGCACCAUCUGUGGCAGCAUCGCGCAGGGGCUGGAGUAGCGCGAGGAGUUUGGCAAUCUCGAUCGAAGAGUAGACUUGUGCGAGCUGAGAGAGAAGGCGGGAGAGAAGAGCACGCUGAAGCAACGGGAGAUACGGGGAGUAAGCGGCAUCUUGGGAGAGCGUGACCAAGAGCGGCGCAACGGCACCGCAAAGAGUCAGAGGGUCAAAUGUAACCUCGAGAAUCGUGUAUAGCGAGCGAAUUGUCUCAGGGGCUAAUUUGAGAACAUUUCGAGACAGCGCAUCCUUCAGUAGUCCGCCGCGACUGGGUGGUUUCGAAAGACCGAGAAGAGCGGUCAAUCGAGCUGUUU